AUGGGAUCAUUAGGAUUUUGGAGCAUGAUCGCAAUUUUAUUACAAACACUACUUUGCGUCAUAAUAAGCUGGUUGACUUUAGGCUGUCAGUUGAAGCCAGAUGUUGACGAACUCCAUGAGGUGACGCUGAUGAAGAUUCUGUAUCUGUACGACCCUGAGGCGUGUGGCAGGAUCUACUUCUAUAACCUGACUACAAGUACCAAUUAUGAAAAGAUUAGAAACAGUGUGGUUUGGCUAGAGAAGAAUCAUAUUUCGUCUAGAUUUAGAACCAAAAUGCAACUCUGGCUGUCCCUCCACCUGAUGUGGUUGAUGUUCGCCGUGAUCAACGUGACCCAGGGUCAGAGGUCCUGCAGCUUCUACGCCUCACUGCUACCCUUCACCAUCGCUGGCCUGACCCUAAUGUUAGCUGACUUUAUAUAUGCUAUCCUGUUCCUUAUUGACGCUGCACAUACUUCUAAUGAGUCUGAAAUCCUCGGCUACCUAGGACAAGGUGGUCGCAUUCGCUCCAUGGACAAGAAGCCGAUCAGCCGAGAGCUGCUCAACGAGGAUGACACCUCCUGGAUAGCAGUUCUGUUGGCUUACAUUAGCUUACGAGGGAUAGUGCAGUGGAUCGUUAACUUUUGGAUAGUUAAGGAUAAUUAUUACGAAGGAUUGGCGGGAUAUCGUCGUAUACUACGUUUGCCGAAACAUAGAACUCGGACAAGAAAUGAAUCAUUGGAUUAA